AUUGUCAAUAUAGCACAUUGUGUGUUUACAUGUUUGUACUGCAGCAAGGGUUGUAUACAUAGCAUAUCUAAGAGCAGCGUACGGUGGAUCUCAUCAAAUAUUGGAAGAAGCCCAAUCAAAAGGGCUGAUUUAAAGUGUGUAUUGUAGGUCACCUAUAUAUACCUAGCCGUGAUGUUUUCAUUCUGUUAUUCGUACAUCCCUUCGGGCAGUACGUGAACCUGGUGAUCAGCUUGACCGCUCUGAGGAGAUCGAUAGUUCGACACGCAAAUACAAUCAAGGUGACCUGAGUAGUAUGGUCUAGGGUUAAGGAAGGAUGGACUACAUCAACUUCCUACCCAUUCUGCAGUACUGUAUGAAGGAAACUCUCACUCAGAAAUCCAAACUGAGCGAAUCAGCAAGGGUCACUUCAUCGGACAUCAUCAAUAGAGCGGCCUUGUUACACGAUGUCGUCGAUAAAGUGAAAGAACGUCUUCUUGAAAAAACUAAAUGCAUUCUGGACAGUGAAUUGAAAAAGUUGGAUGACCAUGAAGGGGAAUUAAAAACUUGGAUUUCCUGGCUUUCUGCUCAAACUGACAUUUCAAAUCAGAACGUGGCCAUAGUGGAAGAUGAAGAUAAUUGUAAAACGCAAAACGAAGAAAAGAAAGAAUGGCUUCCGAACUUACAGCGUGUCUCUGAGACUCAGCAUGUAAGCCUAUACUUUAAAAAUGGAGAAAUUAUCAACGAUACAUUUGUCAAUUCAUUGUUUGGAUCGGUAAAAAAUUUCAGCAUCACUCCACCUCCGCUAAUUCGCAAGGGAAGACGUGACACUUUUCCAACAAUCAAUCUGAAACCCUCAGCCAAAUUCAGAUGCCAGGGUACUGCUGGGAAUAUCCACGCCAUUGCUCCAAUAUCAAGGAACGAGGCUUGGAUCUGCUGUGGUUGGGGCAGCAAGGAGAUACACCUUUAUCAUUCAGAUGGCGAGAUGUUGGUGUCGGUGAAACUGGACAUCCCAGUUGAUCACAUAGUGUCAACACGCAAUGGAAAUCUUUUAAUUUCUAGUUACAAUGGGAACUCAAUUUGGCGUAUUGACGAGCAACUGAGUGUCACGAAAUUUGCUACCCUGUCCUUUAUACCGCGUGGUAUGGCCAUGACAGAAACUAACGAAGUUUAUGUAUGUGGAGUAGAAAGAAAUGGAAGCCAGGAUGACCUGACAACUCAGAACAGACGACAUUUGAUCGCUAAGUUUGCCGCAGAUGGCACAUUUAUAACCGAUAUCACUAUUUCUCCCCACGAUCCUCACAGACUUGGUGUAAUAAACGAAAACAAGUUAUGUUUUUCAGACUACAGCAAAAACAAUAAACGACAGCUUGUGAUCAUGGACAAGACCGGUAAAAUAUUGCACACUUACACCGGGAAAAACGAACAGAAAUGCCAAUUGGAGAACCCCUUUUAUCCCCUUGGAACCCAAGUCGACCAGUAUGGACAUAUCAUCGUGGCUGAUUGGAAUAACGACUGUGUGCAUCUACUGGAUAUAAAUGGACAAUUCUGUCAGUUUUUAGUUAACGAAGAUAAUGAUGUAGAACGCCCUUGCUCAUUGGGACUGGAUCGUGACGGUCAGCUAUGGGUUGGCGACGCCACUGGCCACGUGCAUGUGUUUAGCUAUUGCAGCUGGCAACAGUGAACUUAUGACCACGUGCAUGUGUUUAGCUAUUGUAGUUGGUAAACGUGAACAACGUGUAAUAGCCACGUGUAUGUGUUCAGGUAUUGCAGCUGGAAGACGUGAAUACGUGUAAUAGCCACGUGCAUGUGUUCAGGUAUUGCAGCUGGAAGACGUGGAUACGUGUAAUAGCCACGUGCAUGUGUUCAGGUAUUGCAGCUGGAAGACGUGAAUACGUGUAAUAGCCACGUGCAUGUGUUCAGGUAUUGCAGCUGGAAGACGUGGAUACGUGUAAUAGCCACGUGCAUGUGUUCAGAUAUUGCAGCUGGAAGACGUGAAUACGUGUAAUAGCUACGUGCUUAAUUUGUGUUUAGGUAUUGCAGUUGGUAGACGUGAACUAAUGCUGGAUUGAACUAAUCUUAUCGGUAUUAGUAUUAACAAACAUCAAAUGUUCUAAAACACCUGUAUUCAGUCCAUUCGAUUAAAACACUUUACAGUGAAUAAUUUAAGAGGGAGUUAGAAGGGUGCAUAAUACUACAUUUAUAUAUUAUGACAUUAGUACUGUGCUGUAGGGUGCAAAUUCAUAUUACCUGCCCUCAGCUAUUAAUUAGGUUUUUCGAUUGCCAAGUUAGUCCAUAAUCAUUUAUAGAGAUAAUUAAGUGUGUUAUCAGUAGGCGAGUGAGUUAAUAUUUGAUUUGUUUUCAGAUCAGUUUACUCCGAGAGGUGAAUGCCUCUUGGUAGGAAUUUGACACACAUUCUAAAUAGAGGGUGUUUUGGUCGUUACAACCCGUAAGCAUUUUUGAAUGAGAAGGGAUUGAAGUAAAAGUUUUAUAUUUUACAACGAUUGAUCGACUUCGCUAUGUAUGUUAAUCAAUAUUGCACAAUAAAUGAAAGACUUUU